AUGUGGGCAAAGCCCGUAUCUAGUUUCAAUAUCUCCGGUAGUACGAAGGCGAUACAAGACUCAGACGGCGACGGCACUAGUAGCGCCGUUCAACAACUUCAGCGAAACUACGAAGCUCGCUCCGGCCCUUAUCUAACACAAGCACUUGGCUACCUCGACCCGGCGACACGGGCAAAUCUUUCAAAAUCUAGCGGCGCGAUAAAUCAAAUGGCGGAUAACGUUUCCCUGUCUUCGCGAUCGUCUACUCUUGCUGCUAAUCAGAAAGGAGGCAGUAUGGGGCUCUCCAACAACGUCGACCCCGCGGCAAUCCUUCUCCAGCAGCAACUCGCCGGCGGCGCUCCAUCAAAGCCACCAGCCGGCGGCUACACCGGCGGUGCCAUUCAAAACGGCACAGCCUCCACCACCGCCAUCGCACCAAUUCCAGAAGUCGUAAAGGCCCCCGAAUUCCAACUCUUCAAAGAAGCAGAGCACAAUGCUGAGCUUCUAUCGGGCCUAAACGAGCUGCGAAACGAGAACUUUCUCUGCGACGUCACUUUAAUGGCUGAUGACAAACCCUUUUCCGCCCACCGCGCUGUCCUUGCUGCUACCAGUCCCUAUCUGAAAACUCUCUUCAGCGACAUGAGCGGAGGCAAAAUCGAACACGAAGUCGUCGAAAUCCGAGGCGUUUCUGCCGAAGGUCUCAAACACAUCAUCAACUACAUCUACACUUCUGAGCUCAAAUUGAACAUGACAAACAUUCGAGAGGUUCUCGCUGCUGCGGCGCAUAUGCAAUUAAAGGCCGCUACUAACUUCGCCAUCACUUUUCUCAAGCACGAAAUCUCCGUCUUCAAUUGUGUCGACAUCAUCCAAAUCUCCGAGCAAUUCGAACUCCCAGAAGUCGAAGAGAAAGCCUACUCCUUCAUUGCUCAACACUUGAAUGAGCUCGUGAAAACCGAAGAAAUCCAAAAACUCUCGAUCGAGAACAUGAGUUUCCUCCUUGAUUCCAACGGCCUGAAAAACGUCUCCGAGCUCGAACUUUUCGAAGCCACUCGACAAUGGCUCAUGUUCGACCAAAACCGAUACCAGUACAUUCGGCCGCUUAUGGAGAAGAUCCGCUUCCCACAGAUACCCCCGCGUGACCUCCUGAGAUAUGUCAACUUUGUUGACUUCAUGCGCAUCGAGUGCAAUUAUUUGCUCCUCGAGGCGUCCAACUACCACAUGCUGCCACAUUCCCAGCCGAUUUUGCAAUCUGUGAGAACCCAAGUGAGGUCAAACGAUUUCCGUAUGGUCGUCGUUGGUGGUGUCGACCAACAAGAUCGCGUGUCCAAUCAGCUUCUCGCUCUUACACCAGAUGUUUCCAAGUCCGACUUCUUGCCACCAAUGCACGAAGGUCUCUGCUCUCACUGCGUCGCUGUGUUAAAUAACUUCCUCUACGUCCUUGGUGGUCAGAAUCUCUUUGAUGAGCGAGGCAACACAGCUGUGAACAGCGUUGUCCGAUACGAUCCUCGAUUCAAUAUUUGGAUGCGAAUCGCGUCCAUGAACGAUAAGCGAGCUGGUUUCACCGUUUCCGUCGUCGACAACCGCCUCUAUGCUCUUGGUGGUGUCAAUGCUGCUGGUCGAUUGAGCUCUAUGGAAUGCUACAGCUUGGAAGACGAUAGAUGGAGAUAUGUUGCUUCCGUUCAAACUGGAUUGUGCGACCAUGCUGAAUCUGUCCACGGAAAUCUGCUCUACGUUUCAGGAGGAUUCAAGGAAGGCCGAUUUUCUAACCAACUGUUGGCUUAUUCUCCUCGACACGAUACUUGGCAUGAACGAGCUCCGAUGAAUGUUCCUCGAGGAUGGCAUACAAUGAUCGCUUUUGGCGAGAGCAUCUUUGUUACUGGUGGUAACGCUGGCCUGAACAAGCGAGUGGACAUCCACGAAACUGAAAUCUACUCUGUCAUGUCUAACCAGUGGACAAUGGUCUCCCCACUUCCGCUGCCUCAAUCUGAGGGUGGUGUAUGCUACCAUAACAACAAAAUCGUCAUCAUUGGUGGCUACUCCUGGACUCAUCAGAAAUGCGUCAACACAAUUCAAGCCUACGAUCCAGUCAAAGACACUUGGGAGCGACCCGGAAAUCUUCCAAUUGAACUUUCUGGUGUCAAAGCUGCUGUCCUUUCUAUUCCAUACUCACUCUCGUCUGGUGGCAAAAAACCUUCCUCGGGAAUGUCUUGGCCUCCUCGAUCGAGCAGAUCUCUCAACAACACUGGCAUGGGUGCAAACAGCCUUCCACUCGGAUCUCUUAACGAUCCAAUGAACAUGGGCGCUCUUCGGGAUUCUUUGGGAUCAAUGUCAAAGACCGGAACUGGCGGUUUCGGCGGAGGAAAUCGAGGCUACGCCCCAUCUGAAGUUGGUUCCAUCGCUCCAUCGAUGAGCCGUCCCGGAACUUUUGGAGAUUCUGCAUCACGUGCUCAGUCUGUCGCUGGUGAAGACCUUGGUGAAGGAAGUGGAGCUCGAGGAUCCUACCGAGGCGCCCCUGCUUUCGGCUCUGGACCUUCUGAGCGCGGUUACAAUGGACAGUACUAG